AUGUAUCAUGGUGAUGAUGUGGAGGAUGGACAUAGCCUGUUAACAACCGAAGAUGGAGAUUGCUACUUUUGGGAUACAGGAUCUGGAGAAGCAGGUGAUCUGGCCUGCCCUGUCGGGGGAAUGAACUUUGCUGGAGGUCAGAUUGUUGGAAGGUGCAAGAGUAGAGAGCGUGGCUCUGUUUCAGGCAUACAACCUCAGCCAAACUGUAACUCAGCUGCUGAGCGAACUGCUUCUAGAACAGAGGAUAUGGAUGCGUUUAUAUGA